UAAUUGGAUAUGUCUAUAUCCUGUAUAUUUUGACUCAACAAAAACAGUCCAACAAGGAAGAAGAAUAACACAAAAAGAGGCUGUGAAACAUCCAUUGGCUAAAGAUAUUGGAGAAGUUGUAAAAUCUUUAGGUUUAAAUUGUGCUCUUGAGCCACAUAAAACACACCCUCAGGACUGGGAAAAUUCUGGAAGGGUAAAAGUAGAAUUGUUUAAUGAAAAAAAAUCACCAAUAAGAUAUGAAAUACCAACACAUAAGCCUAAUGGCAAUAUUAAGAACUCUAAAAUCCAACAAGAAAGUCCACAACAAUUUCCUCCACCACAUUCCCCAGCUGUAUUUGAUA